AUGGCUCUUGACAAUCGUAAUAGUGACGGCGGGUUCUCUACUUCUCUUGGUUCGUCGAUCUUACUUUCGGAUCUGCUAUGUCCAGAUGAGUUAACGGACCUCGAGCAUUCCUCUUCUUCCCCUCUGAUCAGGAAAACAUCAAACCGACAUCCAAAGAUGCCUGGAAAGGAAGAUUGGCCGCUUUUUUUUUGCAAAGAGGUAGCCUAA